AUGUCCGACGGUGGAUUUGAUGACCGUGCUGUACCUGUUCUGCGCGAGCGGAUAUUUGAUGUGCUGAAGGAUGCUGACCUUUCUGUGAUUUCCGCCAAGAAGAUCCGCAUUGCCUUGUCCGAGCUCCCCGAAGGAUCGCUGCCUAGCGGCGUCGAUCUUGUGGAGCACAAGAAGGCGAUCGAUGCCGAGAUCCGCCACUGCUACGACGAGGUGACCAAGAAAGGCGCACCGAAGUCGUCUUCGGGUGAUAAAAAGAUUACGCUCCCUGGUACAGGCGGCGUGCCUGGCGACGCGUCCGCACCCACCAAGACCAAGCGCAAGGCGGAGCCUGCGGCGACGAAGAAGGCCCCCAAGAAGCGGACCAAGGCCAGUGAGGAGGACGAGCCGAAAAAGAAGCGCGCGUCGAACCCCAACAGUGCACUGAACCGCCCGAUGCGUUUGUCUGCUGCGAUGGCCGAAGUGUGCGGCGGUAACGAGCUUUGGGUCUACAUCAAGGCACGAAACUUGCAGAACGAGGAGAACAAGCGCCAGAUCCUCUGUGAUGAGAAACUGACCAGUCUAUUUGGCAAGGAUAAAGUGGACUCGUUUGAAAUGGCAAAACUUAUUGGCCCGCAUCUGGAAAAGAUUGAAGUCCCUCCCUAG